AAUCUUAUUUUUGUGAUACCAAACAAGUCCUAAUCCUAAAGCCCACGCACCCGCUUCUUAGUUUCUCCGUCUGGACUCGAUCGCUAAAACAGCGAUGGUGAAUGGCGGACGAGGAUUCUGAACAUUAAAGCCUAGCUUGAUAUUUUUCCUUGCUUCAUCGAAUUGUCAAGUUGAUGGCUGGAAGAAGGCAUAUUCCAUCAGAACGUUCUAUACGGCAAGGUCAAUAUUCUCUCAGCCAACGGCAGUUGGAUCGACUUCCUCCUCCAGAUUUUUUCGAUAAUAAAAUUGCUGCACAGGCAGGUGAAAUUGAACAACUAACAGGGGAUAAUCGUAGAUUGGCUGCUGCACAUUUGGCAUUGAGACAGGAUCAUGCUGAUGCGCAACAAGAAGUGGAAGAGCUCAAAGCACACAUUAGAAGCAUACAGACUGAAAGUGAUAUCCAGAUGAGGGUUUUAUUGGAUAAGAUUGCAAAAUUGGAAUCAGAAAUUAGGCUUGGUGAGAAUGUGAAGAAGGAACUUAGACAGGCUCAUAUGGAAGCGCAAAGCCUGGUCAAAGCUGGGCAAGAGCUAACUAGACAAAUCCAACAAGCCUCUCAGGAGUUGGAGAAAUAUCGAGGUGAAUCUAAAAGUCUACCAGAUUUGCAAGCUGAGCUUGACAGUCUGAGGCUUGAAUACAAGCGGGUGCGAGUUAUGUUUGAGUCUGAGAAAGGUUUAAACAUAGAAAAGGUGGAGCAUUUGCAAGCCAUGGAACAGAAUCUAAUUGGGAUGGCAAGAGAAAUGGAGAAAUUAUAUGCCGAAGUCCUGAUAGCUGAAAAGAAAGCCCAUGCAAAGAAAUAUGCUGGUGGUGGAUAUGCAACUCCUGAUUUUCCCGACCAGCACAGUUUACCUGGCAGCGCUGCCAAUGUAGAAGCAUAUGGAAUGCCUCUUGUUCAGACUAGUAAUGGACCAACAAUUGAUGGAACGAUUUUAUAUAGUAGUGGUAAUGAUGCAGCAGUCAUCGGCGGGAUUGACGGUGCAGUUUUCCCUAGUGAUGAUGGUGUUGCUACCUGGGAAGGGACUUCAUGAUCCAUCACUCGCUUCUUCCAUUAGAGGGUUGCCUAUGUUUCCAGCCUUAAUUUUUUGUUAAACAAGAAGUUUAACUGCAUUGCUUGAAGCAUGAGUAGUACAAGAUACAUAAAAUUAUGGUAUAAAACCUUAAAGACAUAGUUCAGAUAAGAGAGUUGUGACGGGAUUAAUUAAAUCUCCAAACAUGAGCACAACGCUAGGCGUGGCUCUCGAUUCUUCAAUUCUCCUGGUACUGCUGCAGUUGUUGGUGUUAUCAGAAUCAGAGACAGUAGAGGACUUGCGUUAGCUUCAUUUGGUACUCUAGUAGGGAGUAAAUUUUUUCGUUUGAAGCAUAAACCUUUGU